UGGAAAGCUAGUAAAAUUGAUCUUCUAAUUAGAAUUAAGUUUUAUGCUCCUUUUUCUUGCAGAAAAAGAGCAGCAAGAAGCAAUUGAACAUAUUGAUGAAGUACAGAAUGAAAUAGACAGACUUAACGAACAAGCCAGUGAGGAGAUUUUGAAAGUAGAACAGAAAUAUAACAAACUCCGCCAACCAUUUUUUCAGAAGAGGUCAGAAUUGAUCGCCAAAAUCCCAAACUUCUGGGUAACAACAUUUGUCAACCAUCCACAAGUGUCUGCACUGCUUGGGGAGGAGGACGAGGAGGCACUGCAUUAUUUGACCAGAGUUGAAGUGACAGAAUUUGAAGAUAUUAAAUCAGGUUACAGAAUAGAUUUUUAUUUUGAUGAAAAUCCUUAUUUUGAAAAUAAAGUUCUCUCCAAAGAAUUUCAUCUGAAUGAGAGUGGUGAUCCUUCUUCAAAGUCCACUGAAAUCAAAUGGAAAUCUGGAAAGGAUUUGACGAAGCGUUCAAGUCAAACACAAAAUAAAGCCAGCAGGAAGAGGCAGCAUGAGGAGCCAGAGAGCUUCUUUACCUGGUUCACUGACCAUUCUGACGCAGGUGCUGAUGAGUUAGGAGAGGUCAUCAAAGAUGACAUUUGGCCCAAUCCAUUGCAGUACUACUUGGUUCCUGAUAUGGAUGAUGAAGAAGGAGAAGGUGAGGAAGAUGAUGACGAUGAUGAAGAAGAAGAAGGAUUGGAAGAUAUUGACGAAGAAGGGGAUGAGGAUGAAGGUGAAGAAGAUGAAGAUGAUGAUGAAGGGGAGGAAGGAGAGGAGGAUGAAGGAGAAGAUGACUAAUAGAACACUGAUGGAUUCCAACCUUCCUUUUUUAAAAUUUUCUCCAGUCCCUGGGAGCAAGUUGCAGUCUUUUUUUUUUUUUUUUUCCCCUCUUGUGCUCAGUCGCCCUGUUCUAGAGGUCUCUUUUCUCUUCACCAUGGUUCUCAACUUAUUUUGGGGGAAAUACCUUGAGCAGAAUACAAUGGGAAAAGAGUCUCUACCCCUUUCUGUUCCAGAUUCAUUUUUGCCCCUUCUUGUCUCAACAAAAACUGUAUGGAAUCAACACCACCGAGCUCUGUGGG